AUGCAUAAUAGUCCCAGUGUUCGAAUUUAUGAUUCUUGUUACAAAGAAGGUAACAAAGCUUCUCAAAAUUGUGCAAAAAUAAUAGAAAAUAAAUUAAAGAGAACUUUUGCACAUGAUGUGGAACAUGAACGAGAUAUCAAAAGAUCAGCAGAUCCAUUAGAAAAUGAAUUAUCAAAUUACGGUCUAGUUUAUAUGCCAAAAAUUCGCAAACGUAACCCUCAACAAUUAAUUAAAAAAAAACGUACUUUUAAACGUGCAGACACUGAUACAGAUGCACAGAAUUUAACUAACACAUCAAAUACGAUUUCAACGACAAGCACGACGAAUACAGAUGCACAGAAUUUAACUAACACAUCAAAUACGAUUUCAACGACAAACACGACGAAUAUAGAUGCAUUAGAACUUAUAGCAAUAGAAUUAGCUAGAUACAGGUAUAUUGUUCAAAAUCCACAACCAGCAAAACUUAAUCUGGAUGGAUGGCCAGACAAAGAUGUUUAUGAUCCGGAAUCAGAUAAAAUUUACUGGUGGAGGAAUGAUCCGACGUUGAAUCAGUUUCAUGAGCAUUGGCAUAUAGUAAUGGCUUCAGAUGAAGAUAAUCCGAGGGAUAGAGAUGGAGAAAAUUUUAUUAACACGCAUAGGCAACUUUUAGCAAGAUACGACGCGGACCGCCUUUGUGCAGGCUUAGAAAAAGUAAAGGCUUUACCCGACUAUGUAACACCAAUACCCGAACCGUUUUAUGCACAUCCAUUCUUAUUACAAGAUUGGAAUGAUGAAAAAGUUCAUUACCCAUCUCGUCCUGCCAAUAUAGCAUUACAUGAUAUCGUUGAAAUAGCUGAUGGAAAAACGAACGUUUUUACUGUUGCGGAAUUGGAAACUGAGCUACAAUUAUUAAUUGAGUGGAUUGAUGGAGGAACAAAUGAUGAACAUCCGGAUCCAUUAAAGAGAGUUGAUUCCGAGGCUAAUACUUUGGGUAUCGAUAUGGAAUUAAAUUUACAUAACAAUGGUCAUCGAUUAUUAAGUUAUAUAAUGCAUCCUUAUACAAUCGGUUACCCACCAAGUGUACUUGUCGGUGCACGUGGCGGAAUACGUGAUCCAGUGUUUUGUAUGUGGCAUCGUCACCUUGAUGAUUUAUAUGUGAGAUGGCAGGAUUAUCUUGGACCAUCCGAUUUUCAUCAUGAUGCACCAAAUGUGACCAUUCGCACUACCGAUAUCAUACUUUCUUUCACAGAUGUGCUUCUCAAGGUUUAUCCAGAUGGCCAAAAAGAUGAAUGGAGUGAAUUUGGAAAAAAAACCUUUGGUGAUAAUAACUUUGAUGUCGAUUUUACUAAUAGUCUGAUUGUUACCAAUGAAUUUCAUACUAAAAUGAAAUAUAGAGAAUAUGUCUGGAGAGAAGACAUGUCCAAUAAAGAAAAUAUCUCUUAUGUGUUUCCUAGAGAUUGGCAUUAUUUUCUACGAGUCACUAACGAAGUUAAUGUUGAAUCAAUUAUUACAUUCCGCAUAUUCAUUGUUCCUGAAGAAUUUGCCGAUUCCAGAGUGCAUUGGAUUGAACUAGAUAAAUUUAAAAAAAUCCUCCAACCACUUGAAAAAAUUGUUAUUGUUCGUGAAGCUGAUAAGUCCAUUAUAAUUCGUAAACCAGCUCAAAAGACUGAAAGCCAGUUUGACGAAUCUCAAAUCACACCUGAAAUCAAAGCAACUUUUUCGUCGCUCACUACUCAAGGUAUGUCCGAAAAAGUAUUUUGUAAUUGCGGAUGGCCCUAUCAUAUGAUUUUACCUAGGGGUACUAAGGGUGAAGGGAUAAAAUUUAAAAUGAUAGUAUUUAUUUCGGAUGGUACAAAUGAUAUGGUCCCAUUAUAUGAUCAAUGUGGAAGUACAUCUCUAUGUGGAGCAGAAAAAUGGGAUGAUAAAAUUCCUGAUAUCAGACCAUUGGGAUAUCCAUUUGAUAGACCAUUUAAAGAUGGAUCUUAUGAAAAAACGUUUAGAGGAUUACAUAAUGUUGCUAUUAGAGAUGUUACAAUCAUAUGGAAAGAAGAUGACUUUUCCGAAUUUUAG